AUGAAAGACUUAUUUAUAACAGAGACAGACAGGUUUAUUGGGACCGCAAGUCAUCAAAGAAGAGUACCUCUAGGCCAAAGAAGUAAGGAUCGUAAUUUCGCACUAUUCAGUCUUAAUCAAAUCUCAUGUUCACUAUUAGCAACUGUAAAUAGUAACUUGACAGGUAGAAGAACACCUAGCGUAACCCUGCAUAACAGAACUGGGAGAUUAUUCCAAGAUAAUAACCACCGAGAUAGCACUCCUGGUCCAUGAGGGUACCUUAUCCCUUCAGAUCUGAUCAGUGGUAAGGCUCAACGGUUUGGAAAACCUGAAAAUUAUGAUGUAUUCCAAACAAAACAUAAAGAAUUUGUUCCAGGGCCAGAUAGCUAUUUUGCAGGUGUAAAUGAGAAAUUCAGCACUACCUUUCAUUCAGAAGGAUUUACUUUCCCACGCAGUGAAAGGAAGAUGUUUAACGAUACAACAACUCAGAGCCAAGGAUUGAGUUCAUUAAGAGAUCCAACGAGGGAUGAAGUUAGAUCAAGUUCUUUCUCAAAGGCCCAUGAUGAUUUCAUCACUUUCAAAGAUAAGAAAUUCGACCCAGUCGGACCAGGGUACUACAAACCCAAUGAUAGAUGCACUACCAAAAACAGAUGUUCUAGUAGUUUCCGAUUUGGCCGCAAGAAUAUUGAAAUAAGAUCAAUCGAUCAAAGAAGGAAACCUAAAUAAAACCCCAAAUUUAUUCGAAAAACUCAGCUCUAAAGAGACUAAAAGAGAGAAAUUAAAUAGACUUUUCAAGGAAAUCAAUGAAAAAUAGCAAGAUAAAGGUGGAAUCUAAGGAGAAGUCCCACAAAGGGUUCCAAAAGUUCAGCCAUUUGCACCUCAAGCAUUAUGAUAAAGAACAUUAUGUCCGGAUUUUCUUGGGGAAGAAAAGUAUGUUUGACUCGGAAAUCAUUAUGAAAAACAUUGAUGCUUGUGAUUUCUCACAGGAAAUAUCAACUGACCCAAGCCGACGUUCUCCAAAGUACAAGAUCGAACCAGGAGUGGGAGUUGAGUACAAAUAAGCAGAGGAUUCUUGCCAAGGCUAAGACCCAGAGUAAACGUAGACAGGAAGUAUUAGAGAGGUACACCAAUAUUAUCUCUGACUACCAUGAUAAAUCUCUAGAAGCAUCGAAAAUGAGGAAGACAAUUUUCGACAUUAGAAUGUCGGCACAUUUCAACUGGCACAAAAGUUCAUAUUGAAAGAUCAACGACAGCUAUCUGAUCAACUCUAUGAAGAGAGCAAUCUGAGAAGAUAUCUCAGCUAAGUUCGAAGCUAAAUAUAAAAUCAGGCAUUCCUCGAACAAGUUAUGUAGAUGGUUCUGUGUUGCAAUGAAAGCAACAGGGAAGUUUCUAGUAUUUCUUCGAGAAAUACGUAAAUAAAAAAGCUAUUCAAGCCCUGGGACCAUUACUUCUGCCUAUGAUCAAACGUCGUAGGGUACGGAAGAUUCUAGAAGGUAUUAAAAACGACAAAGAAUUAGCUUUCAUUCACAGUUAUAACUCUCAAUGUAAGGAUAUCUCGAAAAUGAUCUUGAUGACCUCGCCUGAGUUGAGAAGGAUCAAAGCUGUAUUCAAAAAGCUCUUAUUUAGAAGAAAAUUAGUUAAAAUAAUAACCCAUUUCCAUUGGUUUCUCAUCGAAAAUGUUGUUUUUAACCAAGACUCAAGGAAGACAAAGAAGGCAAGCCUAGAGAUAAUCAAGAUCAGGAAGGAGUGGAAAGGUGAAAUCCGAUUUAUCGUACCUUAUAAAGUUCGAAAUAUGUACAUCAAGCACACAAAGUUUUACAUCAAGCUCAAACAUCUUAGAGAUUACAGAUUAGCAAGGAAGCAAAUCUUAGAUGAUAUGAAAAGAGAAGAAAUCCGAAGAACCAGUACCAACUUCUUUCUCUAGAAGAAGAUGAGAAAGAAGAGGCCAAGCCUGAUGACAGACUCCAGAAACUCGCAGAUAGGCCAAAAAUGUUCCUGAGUCAUGAGAAAAUGAUUGAAUUAGUACUUGAUGCUAGGCUAAACCGUAAAUUAUGGAACCCUUUUCUUAAGAAACGUAGGAAUCCACAUGAUUUCAAGUACAUAAGACAGCUUCAGAAAGAGGUAGAGGAAAUCCGAAAGCUGAAUAAACAGGAAAAACUUUAGUAAUUCUAAUUUCUGGUGCUUAAAUUA